AUGAGCAACUCAGUAGCACCACCUGUUUCAGAAUCCACAUCUAAUAACGUAUGGAGUAAACUAGAUGAAUUGUCAUUAUCGCCUAUUCCAUCAGGAGUUCUAUCAGCGGCACUUUUACUUAAAGCCUUAAAGAAGUCUGUUGGAACUACAGAGAUCCCUUAUAAGGGCACAUCUGGCUCCUCGUAUGCGCUCCAUAAAAGUAUUGUUGCCGCUAAACCAACUCGUAUUUCCUGUGCAUUUUUUGGCGGAGCCUUAGCUUUGGGAACAUUUAUGAUGAUUGAUGGUGACCCAUUGAACGCUUCUGGUUUCAAUUUUGCUUGGCUGACUUUGUAUUUAUUUGUCAAUGGAAAAGCUGCAGCUCUGAGCUUCUUUAAGGGAAGAAUGACUCCCGUGGCGUUGGGCAGCUUGGCUUUGUUCGAUGCUGCUCUAUAUGGCAGGGAGUUUUUUUGGAGCAAGAAUAGUCCAUUUCAGAAUUAA